CCAACGGCGCGAAAAGACCACGCAUGCGCGUUCCGAACCUUGGCGCCGUCGAAAACGAAGCUGACCUUCCAACCCUUUCUCCCCACCGCUUCCCCUUUUGCUGUCCGUUAAACUGACGUCGUUGUCAUCAUCGCGCUGCGUCCUUCAUUCUGCGGUUCCUGGCGCCGCCCGCGCACGGUCAAGGGGGGUGGGGAAGCGCCGGCUAAUUUCAUGUGGUUGGUUCACGGUAACUUUUUUUUCUAGAGCGGGCGGGCAGAUGGGGUGCAACCCCCUCCUCUAGGCCCAGACCGGCGACCUGCUCCCCGAGCAUGGCUUCCAGCAAGCGCAAGGAGCCGCUCCCGGCGGCGGCGGCGGCGGCAGCAGCAUCUCGGGUCCUGGAGCUGGAGGAAGAGCUCAGGAGCCUGGCUGAGGAGCUGAGUCAGUGCCAGGCUGAUAAAGAAUUUGUAUGGUCUUUGUGGAAACGCCUCCAGGUGGCAAAUCCAGAUCUUACACAAGCAGUCAGCUUGGUGGUGGAAAGAGAAAAGCAGAAAGCUGAAGUCAAGGACAGGAAAGUAUUAGAAAUUUUGCAAGUCAAAGACAGCAAAAUACAGGCACUGGAACAGAGAGCAUCAGGACAACAACAGGAGAUUAACAACCUGGUACAGAGAAAAAUUGCUGUAGAUGAGGAAAAUGCUCUCUUGAAGAAUGAAUUCAGUAAUUUGCAGCAGAAAUUUAAAGAUAAAAGUCAAGAACUUAAGGACACUAAGGAGUGUGCACAGAAGAAAGAAGAGCAAAACAGACUGGUUAUAAAAAAUCUGGAGGAGGAAAAUGAGGGAUUAAAUACACGCUGCGCUGACCUGCUAAAUGACCUGGAGAAACUGAGGAAGCAGGAGGCACAAUGGAGAAUAGAAAAAUCUGGUGUUGAUGCCAAAAUAAAGAAUUUGGAAACGGAUUUAACAGAGGCAAGAAAACAAAUGGAAGACUUGAACACUAAAUGCAGUGACUUGUCAUCACAAGUGGCUGUUAAACAGACUGAAUUAGCACAAAAGGAUUGUGAUGUGGCCAGAGUUAGGAAGGAGUUGCAGGAGCUGCAGAAUCUUUACAAACAAAACACAGAACAUACAGCACAGCAGGCAGAGCUGAUUCAGCAGCUUCAGGCUCUCAAUAUGGAUACGCAAAAAGUACUGAGAAAUCAGGAAGAUGCUCACACAGCUGAAACUGUAUCAUAUCAAAAACUUUACAACGAAUUGACUAUAUGUUUUGAAACUCUGAAAGCAAGGGAGAUUCAGCUCCAGCAAAGUCAUUCUUCUCUUCAGGUUCAGCUUCUGGAAAAAGAACAAAAGAUAAAGUGGCUGGAAGAACAACUACAGCAGGCCCGAGAGGCCUUACAUCCGGUACAUCAAGAUUCUCAUCCAGAACACAGGAAACAGGAAUUUCAACAACCUUCUUUAAAUGAGCUAGAGUGUCUUAUAGCAUCACAGAAAUUUGAAAUACAGUUUUUGCAGGAAAAAUUGAAAACAGCAAAUCUUAACCUAGCAGAGCAUAGCUUUUGCAGCACAGACAUCCUUGAAAGCAAAAACGUAAAGUCUGGAAGAAAGCAUGAGGAACCACCUAUGAAACGUUCAAGGUCUCUGUCCCCAAAGAGCUCUUUUAGAGAGUCAGAGGAGCUAAGGAAGCUUAAAAUAGCUGAAAAGAAGAUUGAAAACUUAGAGAAGACUCUGCAGCUAAAGACCCAAGAAAAUGAUGAGCUAAGAAAAGCCCAUGAAAAACGCAAGGAGAGAUUUCAGAUGUUACAGACCAACUACAGAGCAGUAAAAGAGCAAUUAAAGCAGUGGGAAGAGGGCUAUAGCAACAGGACUGAAAACACUAAAAGCAAACACCAGCGUACAGAUUCCCACCAGCUUCGCCAAGAAGAUUCUGAUGCUGUCUGGAAUGAGCUGGCAUAUUUCAAAAGGGAGCACAAAAAGCUAUUGAUUGAAAAAUUGAAUCUUGAAGAAGAAUUAGAUCAGAUGAAAGUACGUAGAUCUAUGGAUAAGGCUACAAUACAAGAACUGAAUCUGUGUCUGCAACAAGAAAGGGAAGAACUACUCUUUAGAUUUGGUGAAGAUGACAGGGUCAAGAACAGUACUCCAAAGAAGAAUGUGAAAGAAGUAUCAGAUCAGACAUUACAGAAGGUGUGCCAAUUGGAAAAGAGAUUUAGAGCUCUUGAAAGAGAAUCAAAGAAGCUGAAAGAAGUAAAUAAACAGUUAACCAAAGACAAAAAUGAUCUGAAAGCAUCUAUAAAAUGUCACAAAGAAGAUGCAGACACAAAAGAGAGAGAGUUAGAGAAGCUACUGAAAAAGUUUCGAGAAAUAAAGAAAGACAAAGCCGAUCUUCAGUUAGUUAUUGAUGAGCUGGAGAGAGAGGUUACCUCUCUGAAGAGGCAAGUGGCAGAAGCGAACAGAUUGAGAAAUGAAAACAAAGAUCUGCUCUGUGAGGUGCAGCAAUUGAAAAAUUCUCUGGACAAAGCCAAAGCAGUGCCUACCAUGGCCACUGUAGGAGCAACCAGUGGGCAAUGUAAUUGUAAGACAGCAGGAACCAAGGUUAAAUUAAAAACAACCAAGAAAAAGAGCUCUCUGGGACGUCACCAAGCUUUUCUCAAUCAAUCCAUCAAGGUUAUGAGCAAUGUAUUUGAGAACUUCAAUAAGGAUGGCUGGGAGGAUAUGAGUGAAAGCAGUGACUCUGAAAUACCAGCUUCUGAAAGCUUGGGAUCAAUAAUUAUGAAAACAGUCCAAAACGUUGAUUCACUAACAGACACAAAUGAUCAACAGGAAAAAUAUCAAAUACAAGCUAAUCAGAUGGUCCACAAUAUUGCACAUUUACAAAACAAGAGCCGACUAUAUCACAAAAAGGGCAACACACAGAACAAGGACAUUGAAAAAUCACAUUCCCAAAGGAGGAAGAUCGGUCCUUUCAUAACAGCUCAUCCAUCAGUUAUAAACAAAGUAAACAGAGAGAAAAGGAGAAAUAUUGUGAUCCAGAAACUAGGCUGCUCUGUUUUAUUGCGGGAACGAAUUAAGUCCUUGCAGCAGCAGAUAGCUGUUCUGCAGAACGCAAAAAGGACAGCAGUGACUUCUGUCAAAGACUUUAAGAAAGCCAAUGAAAAACUAACAUCUCAACUACACCUGGCUGAUCAAAGACUUCAAACCAGCAGACGGACAAUACAGACAUUGACCUUUGAUCUGGCUGAGUUGCAACGAGAGAGAGAAGAUUUACAAGGAAAAUUAGAGCAUUUGGCCCAAGCUACCAGGUUGAAAGAGGGUCUUUCUCCUGUGACUUCUAACCAAAUUGAAGUCACAGCACCUACUCCUUCAAAGAACACAGAUUUGGAGGUGAAGCAGCUGUAUUGCAAACUGAAGAAUGCAAAUAAUGAAAUCACUAAACACUCAACCACCAUUAAGUCUCUGAAAAAUGAAGCCGAGGAAAAAGAAGAAAGGAUGCGGGAACUACAGGAAAAGAUUUCUCGAAUGGAAAGGGACAUAAAUAUGAAAAGACAUUUGAUAGAAGACUUAAGAUCUCGUCUGAAAGCAAACCAGGAAAUUGAGAAAACCUUUAAUGAAACAUUAGAAAGUUUUGAGAAAAAGGUAGAGACAUUGACUGAAGACUGUUCAAACAAGAAAACAUCAAUUGAUUCACUAAAGCAAAGGCUUAAUGUAGCUACAAAAGAGAAAUCACAGUAUGAACAGAUGUAUCGCAAGGCUAAAGAUGAGUUGGGGAAAAAGGAUCUCAAGCUUACCAAUCUAGAAGGUAAAAUGAUUGAAGCUGAAUGUGCCAUGACUGAACUUGAGACUACUGCAUCUCAGCAACUCCAUAGCUUGGCAAAGCAAAGUGGGCAGGCACUGGAAGUAGUGCAGAAGAAAAUGCUGCUGGCCAAUGACAAAGUGGAAGAAUUCAUAACAUUUGUGAAGGCCUUAACCAGAGAGUUACAGCAUAAUGUACAGGAGAUGAGAAUGCGAAUCAGACAUGCUAAAAAAUUACGAGAAGAGAAGGAAUGGAACAGGUAUCCUUCCAAAGAGUCUGUCCACCGAGCCCAGUCCUUGGCAGCCUCUAUCCUUAAUAUUUCAAAGACUGAUCUAGUGGAGAUGCUAGAUACAGAAGAUGAAGAGGAAACAGAAAGGGCUAAAAUAGAAGUUGAAAAAGAUAAGGAAUGGCUGUGUUACAUACAGAAACUUCUUGAAGGACAGUUUCCUUUCGCUUCAUAUUUAAUGGAUGCAGUACUGGAAAAACUAAAUGAGAAGAAGAAACUGGUAGAAGAAUAUAGUUCUCUUAUGAAGCAAACCAUAUGAUACUGCUGCGAACUACAUUUGGAAAGGGUUUUAUACAGAGUGACUCGGAAAUGUUUUGUGCUCCUCACAUCUUUCCCUUUCAUAUAGAAAAUUAUCAGUAGUCUAGUUCAAUAUAGAAGGAAGAAGACUCUGUGAACUAAUUAAUUGUUGAACAAGUGGAAUUAAUUAAAUUCCCAUUUAAAGAGGAAAGUGUAGAUUUGAUUGUUGAACAGUAAAAUUGCCACAAAUCAAUGCAAACUUAAAAAUGAUUUUCCUUCAAGUAUAUUAGUAAAGAAAGCCAGUGCAAGCCUUGAGGAGAUGAGAUGUCACGGAUGUGAACAAUAAACCAUAAGAACUGUACAAAUCAGUGAGAGCACUGUGUAUGCAUAAAAUUGGCAAGACACUGGGGGAUGUAUCAUUCAAAACACUUCAGCUGAGAUGGAGUUUUGUGUCCAAUUUCAAUGGGAUUUGGACAUCUUGCUCCUUUUGAGUCCUUUGCAAAUCCCAGCCUUUAUUAUUUACUCCGCAUAAGAUGGUAUGCAGUCCUUGAAUGGGUUUGUUUUAUGUUAAGAACAUGAAAUAAUAAAAUGGAAAAGUAUGCAGUAGCCUCAGAGACCAUUAGGCAAGCUGUAUUUUUGUUUUCUAAUUAGGAGUGUGUUGAGAGUCCAGUAUAUUUAAUUGUAUUUAAGACAUAUUUCACCAAAAUAAAAAUGAUUUCCAGUGUUUUUUUAAUGA